AUGGCGCAUAAGGGUGGUGUUGAGGCUUUAAAUAGAUCUCUAAAGGAUAUAAGAGGAAAUAAAAGGUUAAUGGGUGGUAUAACGGUUUUACUGGCUGGAGACUUUAGGCAGACUCUACCAGUAGUACCAAAAGGGACCAGAACUGAUGAAGUCAAGUCAUGUCUUAAAAGAUCUACUUUAUGGCCUAAGAUUAAUAUACUGAAACUGUCAAAAAAUAUGAGGGUACACUUGGGAGAGGAAAAGUUUGCUGGUGGAUUUGCAGAUCUCUUACUUUAA